AUGGGCUUUGAGGAGCUCCUGGACAAGGUGGGUGGCUUUGGCCCCUUCCAGCUGCGGAACCUGGUGCUAAUGGCCCUGCCCCGGGUGCUGCUGCCCAUGCAUUUCCUCCUGCCCGUCUUCAUGGCCGCUGUGCCUGUCCACCAUUGUGCCUUGCCUGGUGCCCCUGCCAACCUCACUCACCAGGACUUGUGGCUGGAGGCCCAUCUACCCCGGGAAACUGACGGCAGCUUUAGCUCCUGCCUCCGCUUUGCCCAUCCCAAGGCUCUCCCCAAUACCACCUUGGCGACAGAGGCACACAGCUCUGGGGAGCCUGAGGGUGAACCCACCACAGUACCCUGCUCUCAAGGCUGGGAGUACGACCGCUCAGAAUUCUCCUCCACCAUUGCAACUGAGUGGGACCUGGUGUGCGAGCGGAGAGGGCUAAACAAGAUUACAUCCACCUGCUUCUUUGUCGGAGUGCUGCUGGGGGCUGUGGUGUACGGAUACUUGUCUGACAGGUUUGGCAGGCGCCAGCUUUUGCUGGUGGCUUAUGUGAGCUCCCUGGUGCUGGGCCUGGCAUCUGCCGCCUCAGUCAACUACAUCAUGUUUGUCAUCACCCGAACCCUCACUGGCUCAGCCCUGGCUGGUUUCACCAUCAUUGUGUUGCCACUGGAGCUGGAAUGGCUGGAUGUGGAACACCGCACUGUGGCUGGUGUCAUCAGUACCAUCUUCUGGACAGGAGGAGUGCUGCUGCUAGCAUUGGUUGGGUACCUGAUACGGAGCUGGCGGUGGCUUCUGCUAGCUGCCACCCUGCCAUGCGUCCCAGGCGUCAUCAGCAUCUGGUGGGUACCUGAGUCUGCACGAUGGCUUCUAACCCAGGGCCGUGUGGAGGAGGCCCGGACAUACUUGUUCCGCUGUGCCAAGCUCAAUGGGCAGCCUGUGAGCGAGGACAGCCUGAGCCAGGAGGUCCUGAACAAAGUGGUCACUGUGGAACGGGUGCUGCGAAGACCCUCAUACCUAGACCUGUUCCGAACCCCGCAGCUCCUACGCAUCUCACUGUGCUGCAUGAUGGUGUGGUUUGGAGUGAACUUUGCCUACUAUGGCUUGAUUCUGGAUGUGUCCGAGCUGGGGCUGAAUGUGUACCAGACGCAGCUGCUGUUGGGGGCUAUGGAACUGCCCUCCAAAACCAUGGUCUACUUCCUCGUGCGUCAUGUGGGACGCCGGCUCACAGAGGCUGGAACACUGCUGGGUGCCACUCUGACCUUCGGCAUCAGCAUGCUGGUGUCCCCAGGGACCAAGUACUGGGUCACAGCUCUGCUGUUGUUGGGAAAAGGGCUUUCUGAAGCUGCCUUCACUACAGCCUACCUGUUCACAUCUGAGUUGUACCCUACUGUGCUCAGACAGACAGGAUUGGGACUCACUGCACUCAUGGGCCGGCUAGGGGCCUCUUUAGCCCCACUGGCGGCCUUGCUGGAUGGAGUAUGGCUGAUGCUGCCCAAACUUGCUUAUGGGGGAAUUGCCCUGCUGGCUGCCUGCACUGCACUCCUGUUGCCUGAGACAAAGGUGGCACAGCUGCCAGAAACCAUCCAGGAUGUAGAAAGAAAGAGUAUUCAGGAAGAAGAUAUGCAGGUCCGGAACUGAGUGAGACUAGAGAUAGCCCUCCACAGGAGCUCUGCGGGACCAGAAACAGAAGGCAGGCUCCCGAGACUGGGACGUCACAGCCCUGUGCCUAAGGAUGAAGUUGCCACUGGCACCUUCUGUAUUCUUUCAGUCUCCAGCAACAGGACAGCCUCCCAGAAUGCACUGGGCACCCCUCAUGCCUGGGGGAUUCUGUAAAUUAAGAUGCCUCCUGGGUUGGGGCAGCAUUGAGGUUUGGAGAAAUUCC